AUGGCUUCGUACACAACCUAGAAGAAUGCAUACAAUUCAUUGAUUUAUACGACGAAGAAUCCAAAGGCUACCUCCUCUAUUCAUAGUAAUAAUUGUCAUAACUCUAGAUUCCUGAGAAUUUGUCUGCCACAGAACAACGUAGUCUUACGAUAAAAGAUCGCACUCUAGAAUGUAGACGUUCCUCAUUAUGAUCAAAAGAUUUCGUACACACUAUCCAAAUUAAUCAACUAUGAAAUAAAAUCAAUGGAAACCGCAGCAUCCUUUGUGUAAAAACUGCAGGAUUGUUCCGAUUAUAGUCCAUCUGCAUGUUUUGAAUUCAUGGAUCCCCAGAACUCUCAAGUCUUAAUGGCCUCCAAUUUCAGAGAUCUCUUCUAACAAUCAGCCAUAAUCAUCUAUCCUCAUGAACUCCAAUCCUUAUUCAAGAGAUUCGAUCUACUCAACGACGGAGUCAUUGACGAGUGCGAAUUUAUGAAGUACUUUAGAAAAAGAGUGGUCAAUCCAAAGGAAUGCAAGACUCCAAUCAAGGAGAAGUCCUAUCUACACAAUUUCAAAGAAAAAAGCCAAUAGAAACAAUUGUAAUCCCAAUAAUCAAAUAGAUCUAAGAAGACAUCAACAACUCCUAUUAAGAAAUUAAAUUCUAUUUUGAAAUAAACAGGAUAAUCACCAAAAAAGGAAUUUGAUAAUCAGAGAUCUGUUAGUUUUGUUGAUAGUUCCAAAACUUCUAAAACUUAGAAUAUGAAUUCCAGUUACAUCCUCAAGACACCCAAUUAACAACACAAAAAAUACAUAGAUCAAAAGACAGAAUUGAGAGCUUAAAUGCAAUUAUUCAAAGUCUAGAAAUCAUAACAAAGCUCACUUAAUUCCACAGUCAAGAAACCUACCUAAAAAAGGUCUACUCAAAAGCAUGGAAUAAAGAAAUCUCCCAAGAGAAACAAGAAUGUCUUUAAUCCCUCCAUUUUUCUAAAGGAUACUCUGCUUAAGUUAAUGAAUUUCGAAAAGGAAAUAGAGAGAAUCAAACUGAAUUUACAGACAGCACCUGAUUUUUCGAUUUGCAAUACAUUCAGAGCCUUAGAUAAAAGGAAGAUGGGAUUCUUAGUCAGCGAAGAUCUAGAAGAAUUCAUUAAUAAACAACACCUCUCACUUAUACUUAAGAAAGCAUCUCCUGAUGGCAGAAUCAAAUUUAAUCAAUUCAUACAACUAAUAUCACCUAUAUCCAUCUAUCAUCAAGAACAACAAUCCAUCAGAGAGCAGAGUCAAACUCAAAAUUACUUUGUUCAAGGAAGAAUUAAAUAAUAACUCUGUCUCUUAUUUGAGAAACUGUAUCAGAGAGAACUCUUGUUCGAGCAAGUCAAUCAGGAAAUGAAGCACAAUUCAUAAUGUGACAUCAAAUACUUAUUUAUGAUGAUUGAUGAAGACUCAUGUGACAAUGAAAUCAGUUUAAAAGAUCUUGAUUCCUUUUUGUAUAAGUAAGAAGUGCAACCAGAAUUAGAAGACUUGGAAUUACUAUUCAAUAGACUGGAUACAGAUAGAGAUGGAAAGGUAUCUUUUCUGGAUUUUAUCAACAUUUUUUCCUUUUGA